AUGGCGGAUGGCAAAGCAGCAUCUCCACCUGCCUCCCCGGAAACCUUGCGUCCCUUCCGGACUAAAGAUGACCUCGGUGAAGAUGAGAUGACAGAAAUGACCAUAUUUAUCGACGAGCUCAUCCUGUCGUGCGAAAAUAUCAAAAAGAGCAAGAACAUUAAGAGGCGAUAUGGCAGCAACGACCACAAGCAACUCGAAGAGCAGCUAAGCAAAUUCGACGACUUUGUCAACCGUCUUGAGGACGCUGCUGUCCAAUUCGUCGAGUCUUUGGAAUUGGAAGAAGUCAUUGGCGACGACGGCGCCGUGUUCCGACCUGAGACUCGUGAGAGAUACCAAUCCCUUGCAGCAGCCGCUGGGAUCCAAACCUUUCAGCACCGUGCCCCCGAACCUGAAGAAGCGGCUGCCCUUGAACAGGCCAGGAAGGCUCGCGUCCGCACCUUGGACACCAACGAUUCGAACCGCAUCCGAACAACUACCAUGGAUCCGGCUCCUGUACCCAUCUGCAACCAAUCCCCAUCCGAUGCUCCAGACGAUAAAGAGAAACACUACGCGGGCAUGCUGGGCGAAGAUUGGCUGAAAAGUAUCAAGAAAAUGUCGAAGCGGGAAGGCGAUAGAGAGGCUGCUGCCCUUGAAGACACUGGAGACCCGCCAGUCAGCGACGACGAUACAACUCCACGUAACGCAAGUGGUGAAGAUGGUGAAGAUGAAGAAGAUGAAGCAGACGAUGAAGAUGAUGAAUACGCUGAGGAUGAUGAAGAUGACGACGAAGACCUUCUCCGGAAUCCAGAUGCAACAUAUGUACCUGUCGGUGGAAUUACAAAAGACGACUAG